UUUGCAACACAGGGCUCCAGAAGAAGCGUACUGCCCCACUGACGUUGGGUAUGAAUCGUACGCUACCCUGACUUCACCUCCGUGGGCGAACUAGCCCUCGAGCCGAGUUUAAUAGGCUUGUCUCUCAACUCGGGCAUUUGCAAGCACUCAGAAGAAGGACGCUUGGAUUUGAAUAUUUGGUCUUGGAAGGCAUGCCACGCUGAUUGUGCUCUAUCUGGUGACUGCGCAGUGGGUGCAAUGGCUCAGUCUAGGUCAAAUGGAUCUCACUAUGCCCUGACUGCCAUAGGGUUGGGAAUGCUUGUCCUUGGGAUCAUAAUGGCUGUCUGGAACCUGGUCCCAGGCUUUGGCCAUGGUGAUAAGUCUCCCUCUUCUGGAAACAGCAGCAAGCCAGAAUCGGGUAGCGGAGGAGGAAUGCUGAAGAGCAAGACCUUUUCAGUGGCAUAUGUAUUGGUUGGGGCUGGAGUGCUCCUUCUGUUGGUUUCCAUUUGUCUGAACGUCCGGGACAAAAAGAAGCAAAGACAAAACGAGGAUCUUGGCAGGAUCCAGCACCAGGUGUCUACUGAACCUCAGCAGCAGGAGGAUAGUCAAGAAGAGGAUGAUGAUUCGCACUCCCGAUAUUACGUCCCCAGUUACGAAGAGGUUAUGAACACUGGCUACACCGAGACAAGAGACUUGGACAGAAGCACCAGGAUCAGCAUGUCUCUACCCUCCUAUGAAUCUCUAACUGGGAUCGAUGAAAACACGCAGACCUCAGUGACCGCUGCUACAGGCACCGAAGCCAACGCGGAGCGGCAGCCAAGCAGACACAGCUCUCGCUUGAGCAAACGCCUGAAACCCCUGAAGGUUCGGAGAAUUAAGUCCGAGAAACUGCACCUAAAGGACAUCCGGGUUAAUCUUCCAGACAAAAACAGUUCAAGUCAUAUAACGAUAGAGCCAUUGACCCCUCCUCCGCAGUAUGAUGAGAUUCAAGACAAAGCUCCAGAUAGUAGACAAGGGACUUAAUACCUAUGGACUGUCCAGAUGGACCAAAUGAGCCUUUCAACAGAUGGUUGUUCAUGAACACUGGUGCAUCUGAUCUUCUGAAAGAAAUGAAGUUAAGAAGUACUAAAUCUAUACUCUUUAAAUUAAGGAGCACCUUGCCUGCAUCUUUUAUAGUCUCUUUCUAAGCCACUAAAGUGUUGUUGGGUUUUUUUAACAAUUUUACAUGUGGAAAAGGGGUGGGGGGAGAGAACUUUUUUUCCCCUUUAGUUUGACAUUAUUUGUAUUUUCUUAAAUGAAAGAAAAAAAGAACAUUGUAGCUUUCUCUGCUUCCAUUAAAAAUGGAGUUGGGCUAAUGGUAGAAAGCAAGCCUACAUAUUUGCAACAUUUCAUAGUAUGCCGAGAAAUAAUCCACUGAAUCAAGCGAGAAUGUGAAAUCCAGCAUGCAUUUAUUUAAUCGUUUUACCAGUAACCCACAAUGCCAGUGAGGAGCUUUCUAUGUGCUGUUGGCCAAAGGGGGAGCAUAAUUUUGGGCGCUCCAGUAUGAAGGGACAGUCUGUUCAAGAUUAACUUGUGUAAUUUUGGUCAGUUGGACGCUGCUCUAGCGUCCCACGGCAAAAAUGUGUUCAAAAUGAUCGAAGCUAGUGUUGAGUGUGCUGUGCAAACAGACUUUAAAAAUAAAUAUUUUGUAUAUAGUG